AUGUUUCCGGCUUACAAAGAUCAGGUAACUUCAAGAGUAAAAUCCAUAAAUUCAAACUUUCUUGAAAAUCAAUCAUUUGAAAAAAUCACCUUUACUCCAACAAUUGAUGUGGACUUGAUAUCAUCAAGCUCAAAAAGUUCAGUUGAAUCAGACAUUGAUGAUAAUGUACAUAAAAUAUCACAUGUUCGUGAGCACCAAGGAACAGUUUCUGAAACCAAAUACUUUUAUGAAGAUUUUGAAAGGAAAAAGGAGUACUUAAAACUUAACUCAUUACCAAGCCGAGCUGUUCCUUUAUACAAAGUCCCGAAGUAUGUCAAACGAUUUGUACAAUUUAAUUACACUGGAAAAAAUAAUCGCUACUUUAAAGACAAAAGAAUAAGAAAACUGAAUAGAGAAAAGAAAGAUAAGCUAAAUGCAGUAUCAGAAAAAGAUGAAGAGAUGAGGAUACAUCUAAUAAAAAAUUCACAAGAAGUUAAUAAAUGGAUUGAGUAUAUUGAGUACAAGGAUAUAAUUUCAUUAUCAACCAGAGAACAAACUGAAAGAAUGAAACUUGAAGUCAUUGAAAAGGCGCUCCAUUUCAACCCAAAUAAUUUUCAACUUAUGAAACUUUAUAUACAAACAAUUCCAAACGUUUACUCUUCAGAGAAAGUAGAAAAUAUCAUAGAAGAUUUGAUCGCAAGAGACCCUUAUAAUUUUAUGUAUUGGAAGUAUUUACUCAUCAACCAUCAAUCUUCAAUGUCUUGUGAUGCAGAUAAUGCUUUGAAACUUUACGAGAAAGCAAUGAAAGUUAUGAGAAAACAGAACGACUCAGAUCCUCAGAUGUUAAUGCUGUUUAAAUCAUUAUGCAUUUUUCUUCGUCAAUGUGGUCUAAACGAACAAUUUUUUGCUAUAAUCAGACUAAUGAUAAGCUUGAAUAUAAACGAAUCUGAUGAAUUGGAUAAAGUUUUCUACACAAAUGAAGCGCAAAAUCCACAUUUGAACGAAUACGAAGAACUCGUCUUGAAAUCGAACUUGCCCAUGAAUGAACUUUGGUGGCGAAUAGAAACUCUCAGAAGUAUUUGUAACUUUCUUCCAGUUAAAACAGUGACAGAUGGUCAGAUGGAAGAUCCUCAACGAUUCGUUUUCAAUGAAGAUAUUUGCAAUCUUAUCAAUCCACUCAAAAACAACAAUGCGCACAAUUUCGAUCUUUUCAUAAUAAUUCUGAGAAUGUUAAAGCUUCCAUUACCAUAUCCACGCAAUGAAAAUAUUGAAACGUUUUCAAUAGAGGACAGUGAGAUGGAAUGUGGAAUGGAAUUUCUGUCGGUUUUAUUAGAGAAACUCGUGAGUUCAACUAAAUUCAGUAAUAUUUUUUACAACCUUAUAAAAGAUCUAAACAUUACACCAAAUUUCUUAAAUUUUAAUGUCGAGUAUGAAGCUUACCUCGACGUGAUUCUCAAGACUCUAGUAUUUUGUUGCAACUCAUUUAAUGAACGUCAAAACAAGAUUAUUUUGAUCUUCUGGCUGCGUUUACAGAGACUGAUGAUCGAAAUGGAUAAACUCAAAUUAAUUUCGGAUGGCAAGGAACAAGAAGCAAAUGAUUAUGUAAAAUAUAAGAAACAAAUCAAGUCGAAGGUGAAAAAUGUUCUAAAGCUUUCCAAAUAUCAAAAUGAUUUAAAUAUAAUAUUGGAAUAUGCAUUAAUUGAGAAGUCACUCAACGAUGAGAAAUCAUACGAGAAUAUUUUAAUUAUGGCAAUGGAAAGUGCAACUGUUAGCGACUCUCAAAGUGAAAUCGAUUUCUUUCGAAUCGCUAUCGAAUAUUGUGAACACAAAUUAAUGUCAGAAACAAAUGGAAAAGAAGAUUGCUUGAUGCAAUUAAAAAAGAUUGCAGGAAAUGAUGAACCUUUGCCUUAUUUUUCAUCUAAAAUAGCAGAAGAUUCUUCAAUUGAUAACGAUGAUUAUUUAACUGACAUUGAAGAUUAUUUCCUACCAAAAACCAACAAACUAAAUCUUAUCAAGGCGAAAAUUUACUUCACACUUGUUAAGAAAUCGAAGAAAGAUGCACUUGAGGAAUUAUUGCAAGUUGCAAAAAUUUCAUCUGAAGCUAGGUCGUGGUUGAACGAAAAACUCUUUGAACUUUACAUUUGGAUUUUUCACUUGCGACUUGGCAAUGAAGAUGCUUCUUUAAAAGCUUAUAUGAGUGUUGUAGAAAGAUCACUCGAAAAAUAUCCGAGAAAUAUUUUUAUCUUGCAUACCGUUGCUGGACAUGCUACAUUAAGAUGGUUUGAAUUAAGAAAACUUUUUCUAAAAGCUUCAAACACUGAGUCAAUUUUUUAUCUACUACUGGCAUCAAAAUACCGUGAAGAAAUAUUUUGCGAUGAAGAUAACGCAAUCAUAUAUAAACAUCGACUUUUUAAUACUAUUGAUGGCUUACUAAGUAACAAAUAUUCCAACAUAUCAUCAAUUCUUACAUGGCGUUUAUAUCUUCGAAUAGCUUUCAGUUAUGACUUCACAAAAUGUAAAAGAAUUCUCUAUCAAGCCCUCGAUCGACAUCCGAUGGUGAAGCAACUUUAUCUAGAUGGUUCACGUUAUCUGCCUGAGGAACAUUCUCAAUUGCUUGACCUCAUUGUUGAAAAAAGUUUAAGAGCGCAUGCAUUAGCAGAAGAAUUGGAAAUCUUAAGAGAUCAUCCAAUAAACUAGUUGUAUGAAAAAUUUCUGAAAAUAAAUCGAUUUUUCAUGAUUUUGCAAUGCUU